ACAGCUGGGAAGAAGCUCUGCCCUCUGCUGGACACUCCAGACGCUGACACGUUCCUGCAGAACAACCCUAUUCCCUCUGGAGCCAAAUACAGCCUGCUGGCCUACACCACUCUGUCUCUGUCUGAGGCUGAGGGCAGCUUUCAGUCUCACUCCCUCAUUGUCCUCCAAAAUGCUGAGUGGUCAUCCUGGCUUCCGCUUUAUGGUAACCUCUGCUGUCGGCUGGUUGCGCAGCCUGUCUGUAUGACACAAAGCAUGAUGAGCGGCUACCUAAGUCAGAAGCAAAGUGUGGAGGGGAUGAACCGCUGCUGCAGUCUUUACUGUGUCUUGAGUGCGGGUUUUUUGUCCUGUUAUUUCACACCAGAAGAAAUUGAUGCAAAAGUGCACCCUACUCUCAAGAUACCGGUCAAUAAGAGCACCCAGAUCCGUGUGAUGGAGAAAGAGAGAACAGGCCAGAAAUCCCGGAGUAUGUCUAUUAUCAACCCUUCACGUGAGGGAUAUGAGACUGUUGUCUUCGCCACAGACACCAGGGAGGAACUGGAGGACUGGUUGGACACUCUCCACCAGCAUCUCUAUGAUCAGAGCCAGUGGCUGCACUGCUGCGACCAGCUAAUGAAGAUCGACGUCACAUCACCACGGAAACCAUCGCUCUUCCUCGCAAAGCAGGCCGACUCUGUUUACAACGACCUCAGUAUAAAUUCACCUGGCAGGUUUGAGAGCAUUGCUGAUAUUAUCCACAACAAGAUAGAGGAGACAGAUGGCCGCUUUCUAAUUGGUCACGAGGAGGAGAAGGAAGUGCCUCAUUGGUCGACUCUGUUCGAUGGAUCCCAUUCAGUUGUCGUGCAAAAGAGUAUUCUGUCCCAGAGCAAAACCUCCACCCCUUGUUCAAGCCCCAACUCCGGCUCAACAUCCAACAGCAACAAGAAGCGACGUGCCCCGCCCCCUCCCUCUGACAGAGUGGCUUAUACUCCUCCCACCCGUCCUGCCAGACCUCCUCUUCCUGCCAGACCUCCUCCUCCUCCUCCAGUCAUAUACCAGGAGAAGGAGAACACCAGCACUUGUGCUUCACGCCUGACCACAAGGUCCAAAACAGGCAGACCGUCUCUGGACGCCAAGUUUUCUGCCAUCAUCCAGCAGCUCCAGCGGAGCAAUGCUGGAGGUGCUGGGGCCUCCAGUCGCAAAAACGCUCCAUUGGGAGUCCUCGAUAUACAACCACAGGGUCCACCACAGCCUCCUCUCCAGCAGCUGGAGUACCAGAACGUCCAAUCCCAGGCACCUGAAACCACUGCAGAACAUGGUUUCAUCAGACCCAGUCAUGGUCCUGUUCCUGUACCAAGGAGCAAACUUAGGAAGUCUUUCAGAGAGAGGAUGAACCUGAAGGCGUUGUGAACCUGACCUUCAACUAUAUAUAUGCAUUUAAACAACUAAUACAUAUUAGUCCCUGUUGUAGAACUUUUCAGCUGAGCAAGGCAGCAUUGGUAAAAUUGCAAAUCACAAUAUAUUUGACUUGGUCUUAAUAGCAGUAUUGGGAGGAUAUUUUAAGAAAGACCGUGCUUCAAGUCUUUAAUAAUAAUGGAGUACUUUAUCAUUUUGAGGAAUAUGCUUAUCCGAUUUCUUGCCAACAGUUAAAUGUGCAGAUCAAUAACAAACUAAUAUCUGUACAAUAAAUAAAAGAAGCUGUAGUCACUUGAUGGAAAGCUUAGCUUUGUAUAACAAUUGAAAAAAAACCCAGCUAUCCUGGCUGAGGCAAUGAAUAUCAACUAACCAGCACCUCCAAAGCUUACUAAUUAUAUCAUGUUUAAUGUGUUAAAAAAGGACAAACUUACAGUUUUAUGGGAGAUGAAGUGUCAGUCUAUUUCUUGGCUGAGUGCAGUCGGUCUCAUCAUCGCCAGAAGAAUUUUUACCCACUAAUCCAGUCCAGAAAGUCACUGCUUCUAGCCAAGAAAAUGAAUAAUAAAUUAAACCUCAACGUUAACACAGUGUUUUUUUGUUUAACAGUGAGCUUUGUGAGUUACCUUUGAAAACAGCUAAGACUAACUGUUUUCCCUUCUUUCAGUCUUUGUGCCAAGAUAAGCCAUCCAUCUUUCAGCUUGGUAUUGACUGGAUAGGUAUUAGAAGUGAUAUCAAUCUUCACAUCUAACUCACAGCAACAAAGUGAAUCACUGUAUUUCCUAAGAUGUCAUGGCAUUGCUAUAACCUAAAGGAUGACUGUGUGACAUGAUAUCUAAAAGCGUCCUCACACCGUCCGUCAUGUUAACCCAAAUGCCAGGUGACACCUCAUAUUACAAUAUCAAUAUUGCAUUGAUACAUCUCCAGUCGCCAUUUCUCAACUUUUUUUCAUGUGCAGCUAACCCACAGAUGAAAUUGGAAGCUGUUGUGUUGGCUUGAGCACCACCAUCAUCAAUCCCACUAAAAUGGAAAGGCCUAUUUCUCUGCUCUGCCACUGGAACAUGGACUGAAGAAAAAGAGCCUUUCCAAAAGCACUCAAAUUGGAAUUGAUCCACUGGCCAACUGUGGAGGAGUCAUUCCUUUUGGAACUAUUGACUUAUUCCACUUACUGUGACGACUUUAUGACCACUAUGGCUGAUUUCAAGGGAACAGGAUUUUAGGAGCAAUUGCAAGCACUAAUGUGACUUCUCCAUUUCCCAGAGGUCUUAAUAAUGGAGCGACCUUGGUUUUCAGUGGCUACAUGGCAUGUCAAACAUAAUUUAACAGGGCCGCCAAGAAAAUGGUAUGAACAAAACUGAAUGCAUCGCUAUUUUGAGUGGCUAGAAUAAUGAACGCCCUUGUGUUUUUAUCUAUCUAGUACUGCUAGCCAUUUAUUUGAAACGCUCAAUGAUCAUGUGUUGAAAGAUGGGCUUCAUAAUUAACUGGAGUGUACAAAACAUUAGGUUUAGCUACUUUCUCUGACAUUGCCUCGCCUGGAGUAGCAGAAUGGGCAAGGCUACAGUCUCAUUUCUCUUUCUUUCUUUUUUUAUCUCACUCUGUAAAUUCUGUUUAAUCAAGAGGGGGAGAUGGGGAGAGACAGAUUACAGGAGGAUUUAGUUUAAGCCGUGAAAGAACUAGGAAUGGACUGAACAAAAGGGGGAUGCAGCUCAGUAUAUUAGCAUUGUGUUCAAAUGCCUCCCAUGAUUCGAGGGUAUUAACCAUUAAAUUAGUUCAUAGUAUGUUUUUACCUAUUCUGAUGUGGCUACACCUCAGGCUUUGUGAUGCUAAAACCAUCACAGUUCUGCGACACAUCCUGCAUUUCAUCUAUUUUAGUUAUACUAAAGCACAAAUACUUUACAUAAGUAUUUGUGCAAUUAUUACUGACCAUUACUGUGAAAAACAAACUCUUCUUUAUUGUUUUGGACAUUUGAGUGUUCAGCCCCGGUGACUUAUUUUCAAUACAACCAGUGGAAAAGGCACUCUAUUAAAAUUAACAUAGGAGAAAAGCAGGCCAGCUUGUGAUUAUAAAUGUAACUGUGAUUUAUGAUGCGGUCUAAACAUUGUCAGUUUGUUCUGGGCUAAACUCGUGAGCCAAAAUUUAUAUUCGUCCUUAAUGCGUUUUAAAAAUGUAAUUUCUUGUUCACGCAACGGCAACAAAUGUACCAGCUGUAAUUGAUGGGGUUUGUUUGUUGAUGAAAAUGUUGUGUAAUUCUGAGUGUAAUACCUUCAUGUUACCUCAGUUUUACUUUAGGCACAUUAAUUAUUUAGACUUUAAGUGGAACAGUUUUUUUGUAGAAGUAAGCAGCGACAUUAUAUAUUACUCUGUUCUCUGGUGCAGUAUAACUUGAGACUAGUGCAAUGUAAAAACAAAAUAAAACUGUUCUUAUUUUUGGUCUUCUAAAAGUGCAGUUUUCUCCUCCCUCUCCGUUCAUUGUCGUCUUGGUAGCUAACUGUAUUUUUUUUUUAUUAUUAUUUAAAUAUUGCUGAUCUGCAAUAAAACAGCCUACUUUCAA